CUACUCUGUGAAGCUAUCAGCAGAGACUCACCACCCAGUAACCUUCCAAAAUUCCUGCAGAUAUGUCUAGGAGUCAGCUUGAACAGGAGAAGAAAUGUCUAGAUUCUUUUGUCUGGGUAAACGAGAUCACUGGAGAAGUCACCUUUCCUCCAGGGGAGGAGACCACACCUGCAGCCUCUGGAGAGAAGCGUCGGGCAAGGUCGGGGUCUCUGCGAGUGAGCAUGCCUUGUGCUGUUCACAGAUCCUCUUCCCCAGUGAACCCUGAGAGCAGAGGCCGCGGGGCAGGAAGCUUGCUUCUGCCCGACCUGGCCGUGCCCCGUGCCCGGUCUCCACCAGGGGCCGCUCUGCCGACGCAGCACCACCUGGGAGCGUCCCAUCCCCUGGCAGCAAUGCUUCCAGCCAGCCUUUCUCCGCCCUGGGCCCUGUCCUGCAAGCUAAAGAACUUGCUGACAGGAAACAACCGGUUUUCCUUUUGAGCUAGGGAGUGUCAAGGGAGUGGUCCCCCAUCUAUACCUGCAGCGCCCUCUGAAGG